AUGAAGUGUGUUGUGGCUCUUGCCACGUUGCCAUGGACUUUGUCCCUGAAGGUGCUGAGUGAGUUGAACGUGUCCGAAUCAGGCUGCCCCAACGCACCUCCAAACUCAUGUUGCAACUGGAGGGGGCAGUGUGCGGACGGGUGGAUCCCGAAGCGACCUCUCAGUGAACAUGCCGGAUCCAGCAACGAAGAAUGCUGUCAGCAGACCUGUGUAUCUUUCACGUGCCCGGAUGGUUAUGUGGCUAAUGCGGCCUACCGCAACAACGUGGGCUGGAGUUCCGACACGUGUUGUGAUCGUACCUGUGAUGGCUUCCAAUGCCAGGCUGGCUACCGAGUCACAGAUUCGAGCCGGAGCAAGAUCGGCUCCACACAUGAUGAAUGCUGUGCAAAGACAUGUUCCUUGCAUAGCUGCGGUGCUCUGUGGAAGCCGCUCGAGGAGAGGGCACAAUGGGUGGGUAGUUCUGAUGCUGUUUGCUGUGAGCCUCGUUGCGCGCUGAUGACUUGUGGGCAUGGUUGGGUCCUGGACGACGACAAAGUGGAUCAGGUGGGGGCAACUCGCGAAGAUUGCUGUGCGAAGACCUGUGAAACGGUGACCUGCCCCCGAAACUUCGGCAUACCAGACAGCAAGAAGCGCGCGGUGCCCAAGGAUGAAAGUGAGUGCUGCCAGCCCACUUGCCAGCAGCACGUUUGCUCGGAUGGAUUUGUCAAGGAUACGGCUCGCAAUGCGUUCUUCAUGCCAUCGGACACACGAUGUUGCCAGAGGAAAUGUGCAGCUUUCGAGUGUCCUGACGGGUGGGUAGCGAAGAAAGAUGCCAAAGAGUUGCUGGCCACUGGUCCUGAGACUUGCUGCCAGAAGUCUUGUGCCCUCCAUGAAUGCGGUGCGGGUUGGCUGGCCGAUGCUUCCAAACAGAUCGACAUUGGUUCAUCGGACGAGACCUGCUGUGCGCAGUCCUGUGCUCUUCACACGUGUCCAGCGGGCUUUGCGCUGAAACCGUCGGCGAAAACAAUUGCUGACCUAAGCGACAGUGCUUGCUGCGAGUCAGAGUCUUGCUCGGAGAUGCGCGGCAUGUCGCCUGCGUCGCCUGCUGGCCAGUGCAACGGUCACAGCAAGUCCGAGUGUGGCAAGAUGUACACCAUCCUGAACUCCACAGACCCCUACGUGAAAUGCAAAUUCGAUGACAACUUUGGAGAAGAAGGCCUUUGCCGUGUCGACGACGCUUCGGCCUCCAGUUGCACAGAGAUGUAG